AUGCCGGCAUCAAUUUCUUUCUUUCUUUCUUUCUUUCUUUCUUUCUUUCUUUCUUUCUUUCUUUCUUUCUUUUAUUUAUCCCUUAUUCUUCCUUGUCUGUUAUUCGUUGUAGCUAGCUAUCUCAGUCUGCUCAUUAUCUAUCUAUCUAUCUAUCUAUCUAUCUAUCUAUCUAUCUAUCUAUCUAUCUAUCUCUCUAUCUUUUUGCUCAUAUCUAUCUUUCUGCUCAUAUCUAUCUAUCUAUCUAUCUAUCUAUCUAUCUAUCUAUCUAUCUCUAUCUUUUUUGCUCAUAUCUAUCUAUCUAUCUAUCUAUCUAUCUAUCUCUAUCUAUCUGAAUCUGUCUAUCGCUAUCUGUCCUUACGUAUAGUAAGUGCUUGCUUUCUCUACCUGUCUGUUCAUUAUCUAUCUGUCUAUCUAUCUAUCUAUCUAUUCAUUCAUUCAUCUAUCUUCAUCGGUUUCAAUAGUUUCUACAGUCCUCUCUCUCUCUCUCUCUCUCUCUCUCUCUCUCUCUCCUCCACUCUCACUCCCUUCUUUUACUCACAGUUAAGAGAAUGGGACAGCGUUUGCUUACCCAGAAAGCGUUUUUUUUAUUCAUUCUUAAAAUGCCGGUAUCAGUUUGUUUGUUUGUUUCUUUCUUUCUUUUCUUUCUUUCUUUCUUUCUUUCUUUUAUUUAUCUUUGUUUGUUUGUUUGUUUUCUCUUUUCUUUAUUUCUUUUCUUUCUUUCUUUCUUUCUUUCUUUCUUUCUUUCUAUUCCAGUUACUGUUAUUUAUUUAUUUUCUCACUUUGAAUCUCCUCUUCUCCUCACAUCCUUUUCUUUUCUUUUCUUUUCUUUCUUUUUUUCCUUUUGAUCAUUUUGAAUCUCCUCUUCUCCUCACAUCCUUUCUUUCUUUCUUUUUCUUUCUUUCUUUCUUUCUUUUGAGUCAUUUUGAAUCUCCUCUUCUCCACAUCCUUUUCUUUCUUUGUAUUACUCACGUUGAAUUUCCUCAUCGCCUCAAAUACUUUUGUUUCUUUCUUUAUUUAUUUUACGCACUUUGA